AUGGUUGAUAACAAUAGUCUUGAUAUUUCGAUUCCAUUCGAAGAAAUAUUUUCGGAUUAUGAAGAAAAUGUUGAUAAUCGAAAUGCUUUAGUUCGUGAAACAACACGUGAUAUAUUUUCAAAUCGUGUUCAUACACCUCCACCAUUAAUACGGUCACGAUCUCCAUUUACAGUUUUAAAUCAAACAUCAAAUCGAAAUAUAAUGAGUACACCAAAUCCGACUCAACUUGCUGAAGAAAAUCGAUAUUUAAAUGAUGAAUUAAAUCGAGUUGAAACUGUAUUAAAUUUAACACGUGCUGAAAAAGAUGAAUUAAGUAUACGUUAUAAUGCAUUAUCAGAUCGACUUGAACAAUCAUUACGUGCACAAGGUGUUGAUAUAUCAUCAGAUAUUAGUAGUUUUGAACCUGAACGAUGUAUACUUGUUCAACAAAAUAUUGAUUUAAGACGAAAACUUGAAGAAGAACAUCAAAAUUAUAAACGAAAAUUAUCUAAUUAUCAAGAAGGACAACUAAAACAAGCACAACUCGUACAAAAGCUACAACAAAAAGUUUUACAAUAUAGAAAACGAUGUUCAGAAUUGGAAUUAUUAAUUGAACGCCAAAAACUUGAUAUCGAUCAUAUUCGACUUCCUACAAAUACUAAUGUACAAUCUUCAUCAACAUCUACAUUGAUUUACGAAUCUCGUAUUAAUCAAAAUACUGAUGAGCAAGAUGCUACAGCUAUUACACUUGAAGAAGAAAAAAAGAAAUCAUCUAAUCUAGCUGAAAUAAAUACAAUAUUAAGAGAACAACUUGAUCAAGCUCAUUUAGCUAAUCAACAAUUAUCAGGAGAUUUACAUCGUCUUACUAAUGAACUUCAACAAGUACGUGAAGAAUUAACAAAAAAAACACGAGAUUGGAAACAAGAAGAACGAAUAUUCAAUCAUUAUUAUAAUAAUGAACAUAAUCUUAUAUAUGAUUUAUGGCGUGAUAUUGUUUCAUUUCGUAAACAAUUUACUGAACUUAAAGGCAUUACUGAACGUGAUUUAACACGUGUUAGAAAUGAUCUUGCACAAACAGGUCGAUCAUUAACAAGUGCUUGUUUUGGAUUUUUAACUACAACUAAAACAGCGGAAAUUCAAGGACAAGCUACUACUGAACGUGAACGUAUUGAUCGGAUUAAUUUAGAAAGUCAAAUUCGUGAAAAUACUCGAGAAAUAGCUGAUUUUCAACAACGAUUUCACGAAUUAUCACAACUCAAUGAAAAAUUACGUAUGAAAUUAACUGAAAAAGAAAAUACUAUCACAAGCCUUACGCGUGCCAAUCAAACAACAGAAAUAUCUUCUUCGGCUAUGGAAACACGUACACGAGAUAUCAGUGCUGAUACAGAACGGGUUCAUCAACGAUUGCGAGAUAUGGCUCAGGCUAUACUUAAUGAUGAAGAUUAUUCAUAUAAUAUUGAUGAUGGAGGGCGAACAUCACCUCGUCGUCUAUCACCAUUACGAGGUGCCGAUCGAUUUGAAUCACCUGAGCGUGCUUUUGGUCGUCUUCGUUCACCUCGAUCUAUUUCACCACAACGUCAAGUUCAAACAUCAAUAAUACGUUCACGAAAUGUUUCACCAUCAUUUGCUGAUAGUACAUUUAGUGCUGUUCAUGCUGCACUAAAUAAACGUCAAGUUCAAAUUCAUGAUUUACAAACGAAAUUAUCUAGUUUACGUGAUUCAAAUCAACAAUUAAAAGAUCAAUUAAAUCAAAGUGAGGCUGAACGACGUCAUUUGGAACAACAAACAACAAGUUAUAAAUUACAAAUUGAUGAAUUACGAAGACAAUUUGAUAGUACAGCACAUGAACGUGAUCGUUCAAAAUCAGCACUUGAAACAUCAAAUCAUGAACGUACAAAUAUGGAAAAAAUUCGUAUUACACUUAAUGCUCAAAUUGAUUCUUUACGUGCUGAUUGUGAUCGUUUACAACAAGCAAAUACAGAAUUACAACGUCAACGUGAUUUACUUGGAGAAGAAAAAGAAGAUUUACACAAAGAUAAAAUUCGACAAGUUAAAGAAAAUGAACGUUGUAUUAAAGUUAUUGAAAAUCUUGAAAGUAAAAUAUCACAAUCGAAAAAUGAUGUCACAGAAUUACGUGAACAAUUUCAUAAAGAAAAAUUAGCCAAAGAUGUUUUAACACAAGAGAAACACGUUCUAACCGAUGCACUUUCACGUUCAGAAGCUUAUCGAGCUGAAGUUGAGCUUGAUCUUAGUAAAGAACGUAGUGAAAGUGCAGCCUUAAGAGAUCUUCUUUGUAAAGUUCAAGCACUUAAUGAAGGACUUGCUCAAGAUAAAAUUGAAUUAAAUAAAAUAAUUCUUUUGGUUGAACAAGAAAAGAAUUCCAUUCAUCAUGAAAAAUCUGACGUUGAAUUAGAUAAAUCAACACUUCGUCAGGAACUCGUUAAAGUCGAGCAAGAAAAAAUUGAUGUUGAGAAUGAACGAGAUACACUCCUUCAUCGUCUUCAAUUAACUGAAGUUAGUCGUCAACAAAUUGAACAUGAAUUGAAUAUUGUUAAUAAAGACAAAGCUGAAAUUAUUGAACAAUUUCAACAGAUGACUCGAUUAAAAAAUACUUUAGCUGAAGAUUUAAUUGCAGCUAAAAAAGAUGUUGAACGACUUAGUGAACAUAACUUACGUUUAAAUAAAGAAAAAGAAGAAUUAACUAAAGAACGUGGUAAUCUUGUUGUCGACCUUACCGGUACUGAACGAGACAAUCAAACAUUAAAUUCAACAAUUAGCGCAUUACGUGCUGACAAAGAAGCUCUUGAGACAGGUCUCUAUGACGCUCAGAGUACGAUCGGUCAACUUGAAGUUAAACGGCAACAACUAGAAGGUGAAAAUCAAGAAUUACUCUUACGUAAAGAACAACUUCAAGGUGAAAUACAACGACUUCAUGCUGAAUUACAUGCUGAAAUCGAAAAAUCUGCUCGUACACGAGAUCAUUUACAACAACGUUUAGCACAAUUAGAAAAAGAGAAAGAAACAACUAUUCGUCAACAUCAUGAAGCUCAUGAAGAUGAUAUUGAACGUAUGACGCGUGAACGUGAAAAACUUCGUCAUGAAUUAGAAACAGCACGUGAAGAAACUAUUCGAUUAUUGACAAAAGAAAAAGACGAUACAACACAUCGAUAUGAAAGAGAAAAAGAAGAUUUACAUUAUGAAUUAGCUAAUGCUAUUACAGAACGUGAUCAAGCAUUAAUUGAAGCUGAAAAUGAAAAACAAAAACUUCUUUCUAUUGCUCAAUCUGAACAUAAUGCGUUAGCAGAAAAAUUAUCGUUAACAAAAGAUGAUUUAUUACGUUUACAAAUUGAAUAUGAUAAAUGUCGUCGUGAUGCAGCAUUACAUCGUGAACAAGAACGUCAAGUGAUAGUAUCAUUACAAGAUGAAUUAAAAAAAUUUCAAGUCAAAUAUGAAGAUUCAACUAUUGCUAGUGAUCGUGAUGUUAAAUCAUUACAUGAUGAUCUUGAACAAUUACGACAAAAAUCUCAAUUACAAAAUCAUGAAAAUUCUGAAUUAAAAACACAAUUAAAAUUAACUGAAGAUAAUCGUGAUCAAUUAAAACGUGAUUUAAUUGAUGCUAAUCGACGUAUUAGAGAAUUUGAAGAAAAUGUUAAUAUACAACGAAAAGAAAUACAAGAUUUAAAACGUUAUUUACAAGAUGAACAACGUGAUAAAGAUUUAUCAUUACGUUCAAGUGAUGAUUUACGUACAAAAUUAAAGACUGUUGAAAAUGAAAAAAUUGAUUUAAAACAAUAUUUGGAAGAAGCUAAACAACGAAUUGUUGUUCUUGAAGAACAAAAAUGUCAAUGUCAAAAAGAUAUCAAUGAUUUGCGACAUAAUUUACGUGAUGUUGAACGUUCUCGAUUAGAAGCUCGACGUGAAUUACAAGAAUUACGUCGUCAUGUUAAAAUGCUUGAUGGUGAAACAAAAAAGAAAUCUAAAGAAUUAGAAGAAUUAGCUGAUCGUGUACGACAAGAUGAACAACGUGAAGAUGAAAUGCGUCGUGAAGUAUUUGGACAAAAACAACGAUUUGUUGAAGCUGAAGCAUCACGAGAAGUUUUACGUAAAGAAUUAGCUAAUAUACAACGACAUUAUGUUGAAUUAGAAGAUGAACAACGAAUGAAAGAUCGUGAUUAUAAAUUAGCUGUUGAAGAAGCUCGACGUCUCGAACGUAAAGCAAUUGAUGAACGACGAAACGUUGAAUUAGCACUCGAUGGUGCUAAUCAAAUGAUUUCUGAAUUACGUAUUGCAUUAUCAGGUGCUGAAGGACGAGCAAGUGCACUUGACACACAAUUAGCACGUGUCGAAGGAGCUAAACGUGAUGCUGAAUAUAAAUUAGGUAGUAUUGUAUCAAGUUUACGUCGUACAAUUGGUUAUGGACCACGUAGUGGUAGUGGUACACGACUUCGAAGUCGUUCACCAAGCCCAAAUGUUCGUCGUCGACCAAUAUCACCAACAAAAGGUUUUGAUAGUAAUGAAAAUCGUGCAUCACCUAUUUUACGUCGAACAUCACGAAGUCCACAUCAUCGUUCAUAUUCACCCGGUUUAGAUGAUGAACAAUCCCCAGGUUCAACUUUUGUUGAUGUUGCUGAUAUUGAUCCAGAACAAAUUCGUACAGCAUUAAGAGAAUUUGUUCAAAAUUUUAUAACAACAGAACGUGAACGAGAUGAUUGUAUUGUUGAAGUUACACAACUUCGACGAACAACCAAAGACCUUGAAGAAAAUCUUCAAAGAACUGAACAACGACUCAGUCAAUUACAAAAAACACUCUUAUCAACUGAAGAAGAUAAGAAAGGUGUUGAUACUUGUUUACAAGGUGCCCAAAGUGCCUUAGUCUUACAAGAAGAAACAAUACGACGAAGUGAACGUGAACGUAAAACAAUGUUAGAUCAAAUAAGUGGACUUGAACGACAAUUAUUAGCUAUGGAAAAUGAAAAGAAACAAAUUUUUGAAAAAAUGGGUGUAUCCAAAUCAACUGAAUCACGUUUAUCUGAUGAUAAACGUUUAUUAAAGCGAGCUUUAGAUGAAAGUGAAGCUCGUGCAACUGAACUUGAAAUGAAUAAACGAGCAUUAGAAGGUGAAAUUCAACGUUUAAAUAUGAUAUUAACUGAUAAAGACACAGAAAUUCAAGUUCAUCAAGAACGAUGUGAAACAUUAAUUAGACAAAUUCAGGAACGUGAAGAUAAAUGUCAAUCAUUACAAUUAAGUGUUGAUCGUCUUUCAUUAACAUUAGCUAAAGCUGAAGAAGGUGAAUCAAGUUUAAAAACACGUGUACAAUCACUUAAUCAAACAAUAUCACAAUCAAAUUAUCAAACAGCUGAUUUACAACAAAAACUUGGUACUAUACAAAAUGCCUUACAAAGUAGUGAAUCUGAACGACGUGUUGCACAAGAAAAACUUGAACAAGCACGUUCACAAAUAAGUGAACUUAAAAAACAAAAUCAUGAGUUACUUGAACGUGUACAUCAUCUUCAAAAUGAAGUUACCGAUUCUGAUAUGAGACGACAUGAAUUAGAAAAUCAAUUACGUAAUGCGAAUACUCUUCUUGUUCAACGUCAAGAAAGUGAACAAGAAGCAAUUCAAAAAAUUUCUCUUCUAACUGCUGAUAAACAAGCUUUACAAGAAAAAAAUAGUCUCUUACAACGACAAUUAGGCAAUCUUGAUAUUGAAAAACGUGAUGCUGAACGAUCAAAACUACGUUUAGAAAAAGAUAAAUGUGUUUUAAAGAAAACAUUAGAUAAGGUUGAACGUGAUCGCCUUAUUACUGAAGAUAUUAUACGUUCAUGGGAUCGUGCUGAAAUUGAUCGACAAUUUCGUCGAGUUGAAGAAGAAAAUCUAGCUUUACAACGACAAGUUGAUAAUUUACAGGCUAUUCUUAAUGAAUCAGAACAUCAACAUGCACAACGUUUAAUUGAUUUUAAUACGCGUAAUCGACGUGAAACCGAAGCUGAAACAGCACGUAUUCGAUCAUCACAAACAGCCGCUGAACGUACUUUAGAAGCACGAGAAAAAGCACAUCGUGCUCGUGUCAAAGGCCUUGAAGAACAGAUAACAACACUUAAAGAACAACUCCAUCAAGAAAUGCGUGGACGUAAAUCAUUUCUUCAUCGUUCAUUAACAAAUAGUGACGAAACAAAUGUUAUUCGUCGUGAAGUAACCGAUUCAAUAUCAGCUAUUUCUCAUGAUCCAUACAGUCUUGAUCCUGUUCUUUUGGAUCAUGAAACAAAACGAUUAACUGAUUUACAUGAACCACCUAUACGUUAUCGUUCACCUACUCGACGUACUAUAUCACCAACCAUUGCCUUACGUUCAAUGCGAGCUGCAGCUGCUGUAGCCGCAUCAUCAUCACCAUUGCAACUCGGUUCUCAAUCACCGAGUACGCGUGUACGUUCAUCACGACCCCGCUAUUAA